ACUGCCCCUCCUCCACUAGGGGGCAGCAAUAGUUUGGGUAGUUGAGUAUAACGUCCAGAGACCCAACGUGUCGCAUUUAUGAUCCAGUUUUAGAAACCGAAAAGUGAAACAGUUUGAUCCAAACGUCAUUAUAAAUUGAUCACUUUACCAUUGGACAAAAAGACGGUUCACGUGAUGAUAUGCAACAUAUGUGGUUACUUUGAAACGAUUUAUUGUCACACAGAAUAUGUUCAUAACAAAACAUGUUUUCGCGUCUUAAUCUGAAACCAUUGAAAGUCUUUAAUGUUUCCGAUGGUUGUGUAAGUGCAGUACGACCGUACAAUCCAAUUUUACGUAAAAUACAAAACUCACAAUCAAUAAAGGAAAUUGCAGUGUUGGAAUCGAUUGUGAAAGCCAAAGCUCCUGUGGUUCAUGGCAUGGUUUGGUUCAUAACGAAGCUGAUUUAGGGGGCGGUUUGAGUUUUUCUUCACUCCAGCUCUUUGUCAACAAGUUUCCUCCUCCCUCUCUGAGUCUUGUGAGGAACAGUCACGGCCACGGGCUGUGGAAACUUGAGCAAACUUCACUCCAGCACAGACUGGGCGGAAUAAUGGCUGGACGUGUGAGCAUAGGUUUGCUGAAUUCUUUGGCCAGGGGAAAUGUAAUAUUUAGGAACAAGAAAUGUUUGCGCAAAAGUAAAAGUGUUGUGUUGAUCUCACGGUGUCACGCCAGGUGUCUGUCCAGCAGCAGCAGCAUCAGCGCGGCUCAACCGGACCUCAGCUCGCAUCUCGCCGGGAAGACCUACUCGGAUUUAUAUGAACUGUCAGUCAAAGAUCCAGAAACUUUCUGGGGAUCCAUCGCCAAGGAAAGGCUGGCAUGGACCAAACCUUUCGAUCAAGUGACGGACUGCGAUCUCUCCAGCGGGAAAAUCAACUGGUUUCUUGGAGGGCAACUGAACGUCUCUGUGAACUGUUUGGAUGUACACGUGGCAAAGGAUCCAGACAGAGUAGCCUUGAUUUGGGAGAAAGAUGAACCUGGCACAGAAGAAAGGAUCACAUACAGGGAGCUUCUGGAGAUGACCUGUCGCCUUGCCAACACUUUAAAGAGUUAUGGUGUCCAGAGGGGAGAGCGGGUGGCCAUCUACAUGCCUGUGUCUCCUAUGGCAGUAGCAGCCAUGAUGGCCUGUGCUCGUAUCGGUGCCGUACACACUGUGGUGUUUGCCGGGUUCAGCUCAGAGGCUCUGGCUGGCAGAAUUCAGGAUGCCCAGUGCAAGUUUGUCAUCACAUGCAACCAAGGUGUGAGGGGCGGCCGUAUCUUCGAUCUGAAGUCCACGGUGGAUAAAGCAGUGAAGAGCUGUCCGUCUAUCCGGCAUGUGUUUGUGGCCAAGAGAAUUAACAAUAGCGUGCCGAUGGGCAAACUAGACAUUUCAUUAGAUGAGGUGAUGGCGGGACAGUCUUCAGUGUGUGCUCCAGAGCCCAUGGACAGCGAGGAGAUGCUGUUCAUGCUGUAUACCUCAGGUAGUACAGGUAAACCCAAGGGCAUCGUGCACACACAGGCCGGUUACCUGCUCUACGCUUCCCUCACACAUCAGUAUGUGUUUGACUACACACCUGGAGAUGUGUUUGGCUGUGUUGCUGACAUCGGUUGGAUUACGGGUCACAGUUAUGUGGUGUACGGACCCCUGUGUAACGGAGCCACAUCUGUUCUGUUUGAGAGCACACCUGUGUACCCUAAUCCAGGUCGUUACUGGGAGACAGUUCAGAGGUUAAGAAUAAAUCAGUUUUAUGGAGCUCCUACUGCCAUCAGAUUACUUCUGAAAUAUGAGGAAAACUGGGUGAAGAAAUAUGACAGGUCAUCACUGAAGACACUUGCAUCUGUUGGAGAGCCCAUUAAUCACGAGGCAUGGGAAUGGUUCCAUAAUGUGGUCGGGGAUGGACGGUGCCCUCUGGUGGACACAUGGUGGCAGACAGAAACUGGCGGGGUGUGUAUUGCCCCACUCCCAGCUGAACCAGGAGCAGAGAUCCGGCCUGCCAUGGCUAUGAGACCCUUUUUUGGCAUCCAGCCGGCACUACUCGGGGAGAAGGGACAGAUAAUAACGGGAAAUGAUGUCAGUGGAGCUCUGUGCAUCAGCCAGCCUUGGCCUGGAAUGGCCAGAACCAUAUUUGGAAACCACCAGAGAUUCAUGGAUGCAUAUUUUAAACCGUACCAAGGUCAGUAUUUUACGGGUGAUGGGGCGUACCGCACUGAAGACGGUUACUACCAGAUCACAGGGCGGAUGGAUGACGUCAUUAAUAUCAGUGGGCAUCGGCUGGGCACUGCUGAGAUAGAAGAUGCACUGGAUGAACACCCAGAUGUUCCUGAGACCGCAGUGAUCGGAAUUCCCCAUGAGAUCAAAGGAGAAGUUCCAUUUGCGUUUGUAGUUUUAAAAGAAUCUGCUUCUGAAAACCAGCAAGCUGUUGUGGAAGAGCUGAGACACCUAGUGGCUACCAGAAUAGCUAAAUAUGCUGUCCCUGAUCAUUUCCUGGUUGUGAAGCGUCUUCCUAAGACACGCUCUGGGAAAAUCAUGAGGAGAAUCUUGCGUAAGGUCGCCAUGCAGGACACUAGCAACCUGGGGGACGUCUCCACGCUGGAUGACCCCUCUGUCGUUUCAGAGAUCAUUGAGGCCCAUAAACACUACAGAAGUCAUGCAGCUAAGAAGUAGAAAAAGACUGUUGGGAUGCCACAAUGUUUAUUUUGAGGAACUAUGAAUACGAAACUGUGAUGACAGGGAAACUGUGUAAGUAAUUCACAUGUAAAUGUGAGAGUACCAUAUGUUAGCAACACAGAAUGGCUAAAUUGCAGGUUAAAUGCUCUCAUAUGUAGUAAAACUUGCUCACGAAACCCACCUAAACUGGAUGUUAGCCCCUCUGUAAGACCGUUAGAUGCCAUUUAAGGUUUGUACAACUUGGACAAACCUCUUUUUAAACAUUAAUUAUGAAGUUCUGCACAGUGUUCUUCCUGUAGCCAGAGACUAGGUGAGAUUUGCUGAUUUUAUUUUUGUUAAAGGUGCUCAAUCAGUUUGUGUUCCAGUAAAUCUCACCUUUCUCAUAUUCUCUUUUUUUCUUCUUUGAAUCCUCUUUGGAGUUUUAUGCCUUCAUUUCCUAAUGUUUGUGACAAGAUAAACAUGAAUUGACUGUGGUUAAUAAUUUUCAAUCAGUAUCACAAUAUUACUAUAUUAUUAUGACAUGAUGCCAUUAUAUUAUAUAUGCUUUGC